CUCGGUCGCAACGAGGGGGCAGGCCGGGAUGGCGUCCCUUUCGAGUUGCUCGUGGCAGCUGGUGACGUUGUCAACCACCCCCUGGAUUCCAUCUACCAGGGCAUCGUCAACGACGAGUGUUGGCCCGCCGCCUGGACGGGCGGGUGCGUGCAGAACACAUACAAGAAGGAAGGGCCGCGGGAGGGCUGCGACGAAUCCCGCGGCAUCGCCCUCGAGGACCACGCGGACAAGGGCUUCAAGCAGCACCUCAGUGGCCACGUGACUCCC